CAGCGAUUUCGGUGUUUCGGCCCCCUCAACAACUAAACUGCUGGUUCCUGGUUCUCCAUUUCAGGCUUCAGCUCUCUCACCCAUUCAACCAACGCUCUCACUGCUUAGCUUUGUUCUCCGUUCCCACAGCCACAGAGUGUGCAGGACCCCAGAAUCUCCAUCUGAUCUCUUCGAUUUGAAUCCCUAUGCUCCUCUUUCGAGGGCGCCAAACAGUGUUCGCUUUAGAAACUUCAAGGAAAGUGUCACCGAGAAUCGCUCAAGAUUAUCGGAAUCCAUCCCAAUAAUUCUCCUUCGGCUUCUCCUUUAAGCCCUAUUGCUCUCUCUCAGAUUUUUCACUUAUCCACCGGUUUCUAUCCCUCCCCCAUGAUGUUAAAAGCUCCUCUUUUCUCUUUAUUCCCGUCUCUCUCUCUCCCAUUUCCGUUUCCUCUGUGACCCCCUCCCAUUUCAUCAAUACUGUCAUUAUUGCUUUUCUUCCUCCCAUUCCCUCCCACCCUUGGAUGUCUUUUUGGCAGAUUUAUCAACAAAAGACCUUUGGAGUGCCCCUCUUAAAGUCUCAGUCUUCUUCUUCACGGUUCUCUUUUAUUCCAAAGGCCUGGCCUAUUUGUUCUGCCCAGAAUACGCUCUGUUUGGGGUAGAAAUCAUGGAACAGAGUAUCCUAUGCAAAUACACAGUCCACCAAAGUGUUACCAAGAAGUACACCAGGCCGUUGGCGGCCAGCAAAGCCUCUGACGCUCACACUCUCAUAGAGCCCAGAGUGGUACGGAUAUCUGUAACCGAUCCGGACGCCACUGACUCCUCCAGCGAUGAGGAAGGAGGGUACUUCUUUGGCCGUCAGAGAGUGAAGCGUUAUGUGAACCAGGUUAACAUCGAAGCUAGCUGCAAGAGCGCGGUUGCCCCUAAUCCGCGAAAGAGACCCGCCGGAGAAGCUUCUGCUUGCCGGCGGCCGGUGAAGGUUUCUUCUACAAAUAACGGAAGGAAGUUCCGAGGAGUACGACAGAGACCUUGGGGGAAAUGGGCGGCAGAGAUUCGAGAUCCCGCGCGUCGCGUACGCGUGUGGUUGGGAACCUUCGACACUGCGGAGGAAGCGGCUAUGGUUUAUGACAAUGCCGCGAUUAAGAUUCGUGGACCGGACGCGUUGACAAACUUCGUGACCCCUCCGCCGAGGGAAAAGCCCGACGAAGCAGAGGUGGCGGUGAAGACGGAAAUGAAUGUGGUGGUGAAGUCAGAAGCGUCCGGCUCCGGCUACGAUUCCGGCGACGAAUCACACCGUCUACCAUCUCCCACGUCAGUGCUGCAAUUCAGAAGCAAUUGCAGCGAAGAGACCGAGGCCCAGGGGGCAAGCGAACGGGAGAAAGAAAGCGAGGCGGAGGCGGCUGAAGGUGAAGACGUAUCCCGGGAGUGUGAAGGCGAAUCGAGCUUGUCGGAUGAGAAGGAGGAUUAUUUCGGGUUCGACAUGGCGAAGGAGGAUUACUUCGGCUUCGAUAUGCCAGAUUGGGAGCAGGUGUUCGAUUUCUCAACGCCAGAACCGGAAUACUCAUUGCUGUUAGAAGAAGCUCCACCGUUUCUAGGGGAGACGACGGCAAUGAUAGCAGAGGAAGAUUUCAAGGCGGACACCAUGAUAGUGGGGGGACCAGAGUUGGAUUUGGAUUUGGAGAAAUCAUUCUUGCCAUCGACGUUAUGCCAAAUGGACGAUUUCUUUCAAGACAUAUUGUCGGGUUCGGAUCCUCUGGUGGUGCUCUGAGACUGUCAGUCAUUGACUGAGUGGAGCGUUGGCUUUGCGUUUUGCCGCCGUCCCUUGCCACAUUUUGCUCCGGUGGCAGACAUACAUAUGAGUAUUUCUUAUUAUAUUUAUUUGUCUCUAAAAUCUCCGUGAUAAACAGCAGUGAAGUUUUGUUUAA